AUCAUUGUAAAACGCGCGAAGGACUGGGAGUGAAUGCGAUUUCCAAGAUGGCGUCCAAAAGUGAACCUUUUCGUUCAAAUACAACAUUUACUUUAAGUUCAGUUUAGGAUCGUUUGCUGUACUUUGGCCAACAUUUUGAUGCCAGGAUCUAUUGCUUUGGGUGGAAAUUUUCGCACUGAACGUUUGCCACCUGUAAGCCGCAACACUUCAAAUUUGCCCUCGAUAUUCGCCAUCUACAAACAAAAGAGCAGUCGAGUUUAAUAAUUGAAGCCGCGAUUUUGUCGUGGAAUUUUAGCCAAACAACACAAUGCAUAAAGCUGUGCUGACGCUGGGGUUAUUAAUCAAUAUAUGUUCCUCGAUCUGUAUCGUUUUCCUCAACAAAUGGCUGUACGUUCAUCAUGGCUUCCCGAAUAUGACUUUAACAUGUAUUCACUUCGUGACCACGUAUAUUGGUCUUCGAUUGUGUGUUCUGUUGAAUGUCUUUCAACCCAAACGGCUCUCUGUACUUAAAGUGGUUCCAUUGUCCUUGGCGUUUUGUGGAUUCGUAGUAUUUACUAAUCUCAGUCUACAGAAUAACACGGUUGGGACGUACCAGUUGGCAAAGGCCCUCACUACCCCAGCUAUUGUGGGAAUUCACUCUUUCUUCUACAACAAGAGUUACUCACCACAAAUCAAGUUAACAGUGAUUCCAAUAAUACUUGGUGUAUUUUUGAACUCUUAUUAUGAUGUGAAGUUCAACUGGGUUGGUACAAUCUACGCAAGUUUAGGCGUCAUAGUAACAUCCGUUUAUCAAGUGUGGGUUGGAACAAAGCAAAAGGAAUUUCAGGCAAACUCCAUGCAGCUGUUGUAUUACCAGGCUCCAUUAUCAGCUGGCAUGUUAGCAGUAGCUGUUCUUAUUUUUGAGCCUAUCACAGCAGAGAGUGGACUGCUGUCUUCCUGGUCAAUGUCAUCACUGCUGGUGGUGUUAGCAUCUGGUGUUGUGGCCUUUAGUGUUAACCUGUCUAUUUACUGGAUCAUUGGAAACACCUCUCCAGUGACAUAUAAUAUGGUUGGCCAUUUGAAAUUCUGCAUCAUUCUCUUGGGUGGCUACUUUAUCUUCCAUGAUCCACUACGUGUCAAUCAAAUGAUGGGUGUGGCUAUAACACUCUCCGGAAUCAUAGCUUAUACACACUUCAAACUUGCAGAACAAAAUACCCUUAAAUUACCUACUACAGUAAACAAAAUAUGAAUGAAAUCAUGAAUUUUAACUUAAGUUAGGUAAUGUGUUAUCAUUUCCAACUGUUGAAAAGCUCAAUAAAAUGAAUAUAAUUAUAUUAAUUAUAUUAAUUUUUGAUGUUAAGAAUAGGGGAUUUUUUGAGACCUUCAGUUAUAGCAGUUGUUGCCUGUAAGAAAUUAAGGCUGAAAAAGUAAGUUGGUGAGAUAAAAGUACAAGAUAGUUAAGUAUGUUUUGUACAUAGCAUUUGAGUACUCAGGUACUAAGAAUUCUAAAUCUGAAUUUUGCACCAAGAACGUGUAAAGUAUUGGGAACUUCAACCAUUUGUAUAGCAGAACUUCAUAUUUAACUUGAAGAACACAUUUGUUACUCCUGUCUGACCAGAAGGAAUUUGAGUUUCUACUAAUACAGCACUUAAAUAUAUGGCAUGCAAAGUGUGAAUGAGAAUUAUUGGAAAUUCCAAGGGGGAGGGGGGUCUCAGAAGCCAAAAUAUUUAAAGGCAAGUCUGAAAAAAACUAGAAUUCUGCAGGGAUGGGGGUGGGAAAUGGAUAUUUUCUGGAACAGCAAUGUACAUCACAGUUUUUCUUUAAUUUACAGUGAGUUAUCUUUGGGUAUGUUAUAAACUCACAUUGUGUGAAUGGCGCCCGGUUGGCUAGUUAGCUCAGUUGAUAAAGCACUGCACCAGUAUCACAGAGGUCAUGGGUUUGAAUCCCAUAUUUCAAGCAUGAACUGUUUUCAGGCUUUAAUUUAAUUUUAGUUGUGUGUAUAACUGCAAUGAUCUAUCAUGAUAUCGUCAUGUCUUUCUCUGCAGUUGAAAUAUAUGAUUAUAUUCAGUUGUACAGUGAGUUAUAUUUAUUUUAAAGAGUAAGAGAAAGGGACAGUGUUAAAUAUAUACUGCUUUGAUUGUGAAA